CAAUGAUUUAUUAAGUUUAUAAAUUUUUUAGAAUUGUUGUAAAACAUUUUAUGCAUUAAAAUGCAUUGAUAUAAUAGUACAUUGUCCACAAUUAAUAAAUGUAAAGUGUCCAUCCUCUGGUUUAACACCUUUUCAUCGUAUUUGUUUGCAAGGUCAUAAAUGUUUAAUUGCUUUUAUGUUAGCAAAAGGUGCUGAUCCUUUUCUUACUACAAUAAAAGGAGAAAAUGCUUUGUGUAUGGCUAUUUAUUAUAUUCUUAAUAAUCCAACAGAAAAUGAUUUUUCUUGUCUUGAAAUGCUUGCAGAAACAGGAUGUGGAUUUGGUUCUAAAAAUAAAUGGUAUAAUAAUUUGUUAAAAAUGGCAUUUAAUAAUAACCAUAUACAAUUAAUACAAUGGUUAAUUUUACAUUACAAUGUUUCUUCAUAUAAACUUUUACGAUGUUUAUCUACACCACCAAUGAAAAACCUAUAAAUUCUUAAUAUAAAUGUUAAUUAAUAAACAUUAUUUUUA